GGGCAGCAAUUCCGUUACUAUGACGACGGCGAUUGCGCGAAACCACAGGCAGCAGAAAAGUAAACAAAACUCCGUUUCUGGGGUUUUGUGGAGUGAAAUUAUAAUUAAUUUGGUUUUUUAACCGAAUUCUUAAGAAAAUGGAGACCGUGAACGUGAGGAGAAGUGAGUCUGCAGACGCCCAGGGCAUCAGCAGCCUCAUCUGCCCUGCAACAGUGGCAGUUUUUGGACAAGUCGACGUCAUGCAGCUCCUGGAGAAAGCCAACCUGGCUGUGACCGUGGUCGACCACCGCGACCACAUCCUGGCUCACGCUUCCUUCCUUGAUCAUCCUGUUGGAGACGUGGUGGAUGCAGCCGACUGGGAGUCCUUCCUGCAGGAGCGCUUCAGAGCUGAGAGCUGCACGCCACUGAACACACUCUUCCUCCACCUUUUUGUGACACGGUCAGACUUUGCUGCUGCAGGUGUCAGAGAGAUACUCAGGGUGGUUUUUAACUCGGUCUCAGAGCUGGAGCACCUCCUGCUGAUCAGUUCUCACCACGGGCCACUAGAGCCAGCUCUGACUGACACCUUCCAGCCUCUGCAGCCUCUCAGCUCAGACGUCCAGCCUCAGUGUUUGUCCUUCAUCUGUGACAGACAGCAGCACUGUCCCAGGCUCCGCCUCCUCCAGGCCAGGAUGAAGGACCACGACGGUGUCAUGUCCCUGUUUGACCAGCAGAGGGCAGUGUUGUCAGUGUCCGGUGAAGUGGCCUCUCUGACAGAACUGAUGCAGAAUCAGGAUGAAAGGAAUCACACAGCUGUCUGUCAGGUUGACGGAGUUGUAGUCGGACUCAUCAGCGCCACCUCUGACGUAGAUCUGAAGGAGCUGUGUGACAACUUUGAGCUGGAAGAAUUUAACGGUUUGCAGAAAAAAACACAGGCAACAAAAAACUCUGAAGCUGCUGCUGAGGAGGAGGAGGAGGAGGAGGAGGAGGAGGGGGGCAGGUUCUCCUCCCAGGAGGAAACAGAAGAGAAACCUGACGUGUUCUGGAUCAAGUUCCUCCUUCUUGACAGCAAAUAUGAGAUGAGAUCCGUGGAUCUUCUUCCAUAUGUUUUUCAACUAUUUCCUGAUCUGGACUUCUGCGUCAUCACUGCUCCGACUCUGUCUCCGGACUUUUCUCUGCUGCAGAGUUUCUUCAGAGCGCGGCGUCGACCCGACUGUUCGCUGCUCUACCAACUCUACGUCUUCCACCGCGUCGGCCUCAGGCCCGUCCAGGUCCGAGCAGCCGUACCUGAAGACCGACCCGCCGUCUGUGAUCUGGUCCAGGGUCAGGAAACCAGUGAAUCUCUGCUCCAGGACCUGGACGCCGUCUUCCAGAACCACGGUGAUCUGGAGGGCGUGCAGCGGCAGGCCUUCGUGGCUCAGGUGGACUCUCAGUUGGUGGGGGCCCUGAUUCUCAGGGACGAGGAGAACGUGGAGUUCGUGCGCGCUCACUACAACAUCGAAAACUUCAUCUACUUCAGCCACCACCGCCCUGAUGAACACGCCCACCUCCUCCACUUCACCCUUCGACCCCUCCUCCAACACCGGAGCAGGCACCUCCUGAAGGAGACGCUGCGGCUUGCUAAGCGCUCCUGCCUUUACCAUAGACUCUACCAGCAGGGGGAGCAGGCACCGGGCUGCGAGGCUGGACUUAAUUCUUCUGUUGUGAAGUCCUCCUCCAGUCUGGAGCUGCUCCUGGACCGGGCUGUCCCCGUCCGCCCCCGUCGACAGAUCGUCUACCCUCUGAAGGAGCUGGGCAUCAACGCUCCCUCCACAAGGAUCACUGAGGAGCAGGUCAGGCACUCAGAGGGCGGGCACUAGGUGGCGCUGUAUUUACAGGUAUUUACAGUCCCUCUUUGCAGACUAGACUUCCCCGUGACCUCCUCCUCCUCC